AUGGGAAACUCUUCCGAGGAUUCGUCCGUGUUUCUGGACGGUCGGACGAAAAACGAUUUUAGUUUAAACUUCACCGACUCCUCGUUUAACGGGACGUUGAUUCUCCCGACGACGGAGUUUGAUCCGUUAGGACGACACACGGUCUGGCAGGUCGUCGUCAUCGUCCUCUUCACCGGGUCUCUGUCUCUGGUCACCGUCGUCGGGAACGUCCUGGUUUUCCUGUCGUUCCGGAUCAACAAGGCUCUGAAGACGGUGAACAACUACUACCUGCUGAGCCUGGCGUUCGCCGACCUGACGAUCGGAACGUUGUCCAUGAAUCUGUACACGACGUACAUCAUCAUGGACCAGUGGGCGCUGGGGCCGCUGGUGUGUGACCUGUGGUUGACCAUCGACUACGUGGCUAGCAACGCGUCGGUCAUGAACCUGCUGGUCAUCAGCUUUGACAGGUAUUUCUCUGUGAUGCGGCCGUUGUCCUACCGGGCCAAGCGUACGACCAAGCGAGCGAUGACGAUGAUCGGCCUGGCCUGGUCCGUGUCCUUCGUGCUCUGGGCUCCGGCCAUCUUGUUCUGGCAGUUCAUCGUGGGCGAGCGGACGGUGCAGCCCAACGAGUGCUACAUCCAGUUCCUGUCGGAGCCCGUCAUCACCUUCUGCACCGCCAUCGCCGCCUUCUACCUGCCCGUCUCCAUCAUGGCCGUGCUGUUCUGGAAGAUCUACCAGGAGACCCAGAAACGGGCCAAGGACGUGCAGAGCCUGAGGGGCUCGGGGGCGGCCAACCCAACGCAGAACCAGAACCAGAACCAGGAGAAAAAGAGUGGGAAAGGGUCGGCCAAUCAGAGGAAUUCCACGGCCAUGGUUCGACAAACCAGCUCCCAAAGCUGCAGUAGCAGCGAGCUAAACCAGAAGGUUUCAGGGAACCAGGAAGAGAACGACGGUGCAGGGGAAUCCAACCCUCCAACAGAGCAGGGUUCGAGGAAUGAACAGCGACGCGUCCGGCUGCGACCAGCCGCCGCCGUUAGCCGCCGCACGGCUAAAGACGCCAAAAACUCGUCCAAGAACGAGAAGAAGUCCAACGACAAGAAGGCGGCGCAGACGCUGAGCGCGAUCCUGCUGGCGUUCGUGAUGACGUGGCUGCCGUACAACAUCAUGGUUCUGGUCAACACUUUCUGCCGCGACUGCGUCCCCGAGACGCUGUGGGCGCUAGGCUACUGGCUGUGCUACGUCAACAGCACCGUCAACCCCAUGUGCUACGCUCUCUGCAACAAGACCUUCCGCUCCACGUUCAGGGACAUCCUGACCUGCCGCUGGAACCGGAGGAAGAACCAGACGCAGCUUCGCCAGCAGAGGAAAUAGUUACAACAGACACCCGCACUCUAG